AUGCCGCCGAAGCGUACACCUGUGAAGAAUAUGGAAGGUGGUGGUAGCAAUUCCGCCGCCGGCAGCUACGACGACGCAGUGGAAGAGUUCGACGCGCUGGUGCACAUGCGUGGCUCAGCAAAGGCAAAGCUGACACGCGUCAAGCACAUGAUGGAUCAAAUCGUAGAGGAGGAGAUCACGCUGCCGCAGGUCAAGGUGCACCAGAAGAAAGUGGAAGCUGCCUACAAGGAGUAUUCGGACUACCAUGAACGCAUCAUGGUGAUCUGCCCACCGAGUAAGAGACAGGAUCAAGACUGUAAGUACGUUGAAUUUGAAACAUUGUACGACGAAAUUUCCCUCGCUCUCGAAACAUGGAUCGAGAUGCUGAGUCAAACGAAUCGUAACCAACAACCGAUUGUGGUUCAACCGUCGCUUCCUCGUGCCAUUCCGCAUUUCGAUGGCAAAUACGAGCAGUGGGAAAAAUUCAAAGUCAUGUUUAGGGACGUGGUCGACAGAUCGAAUGAUCCGCCACGGAUUAAGCUCUACCAUUUGGAAAAGGCUCUAAUUGGGGACGCAGCUGGCAUAAUUGAUGCAAAAACCAUCGCUGAUGGCAAUUAUGACCAUGCAUGGGAAAUUUUAGCAGAAAGGUUUGAAGACAAGCGACGAAUGGUUGAUCAUCACAUCUCUGGGCUACUCAACAUGAGAAAAAUGUCACAAGAAAGCCACUCUGAGUUGAGAGAGUUGGUCGAUUCAUGUGUUGGUCAUGUCGAAAAUUUGAAACAUUUGGGUCUAGAUUUUACUGGGGUAUCAGAUACAAUCGUAACGCACAUCCUAUCCAAUGCGUUGGACGAUGAGACAAAGAAGUUGUGGGAAUCCUCGGUCGCCCAUGGGGAAUUGCCUGAAUACGGGGACACUGUCAAAUUUCUGAAAGGUCGCAUUUCCGUACUUGAACGUUGUCAAAAGUCCACUAGUGAUAGUAAGGUCAAACAAUCCGCGCGUGGUGCAACCAAAGGACACGUGUCCGGCAAGCAGUCGUCGAAGGUGAAGGUGAACGUGGUGUCAUCAAGCAGCUGUGAGUUCUGUGCAGGAGAUCAUCUGGCGUUCAAGUGCUCUACGUUCAACGGAUUGUCGGCGGAGGAUCGAUUGAGGAUGGUGCGUGAUAAACAGGUGUGCUUCAAUUGCUUGCGACGUGGUCACCGAAGUGGAGAAUGUAAAUCGAACAAGACGUGUUCGAAGUGCAAGCGGAAGCAUCACACGUUGCUCCAUGUUGAAGGUGGUUCAGAGCAAAGUUCAGGUUCCAGCAAUGCCAGUACAACGGAUCAGCAACAGUCUCCGAAGCAAGCGGCGCAGCCGGACAACGCAAAUGUUCCUGGUAGCAGUACGCCCAACACCGUGGCUUCGAAUGUGGUCGAGAAGCCAAUUUCGCAAGUGCUGUUGCUGACUGCAAUGGUCAACGUUUUGGACAAACAUGGAAAACCGCAAUCAUGUCGCGCUCUUUUGGAUAGUGGGUCCCAGGUCAACUUCAUCUCGGAGGCGAUGUUGGAAAAGCUGCAAGUGGAUCGAGAAGAAAUCGACAUUCCCAUCACCGGAAUCAACAGCGUCAGAUCCAGCGUUCGACAACGUGCGAGGGUGGAGGUUUGUUCGAAGCAGAAUGGUUUCAAGAUGGAGUUGGAUUGCUUGGUCUCGCCGAAGGUAACAGGAAACCUGCCGACCUUCAAGGUUGACGCAGCUACAUGGAACAUUCCCGCUGGAAUCCAGUUGGCAGACCCUACGUUCUUCCGUCCAGGACAAGUGGAUUUGCUGAUUGGAAUGGAAUGGUACGACGAUAUACUCAAGGCCGGUCGUCUAAAGCUAUCAGAAGAUCUGCCUACGCUCCGAGAUUCGCAAUUUGGCUGGUUGGUUGGUGGAAAAUAUGCUAGUGCUUUUUGUGGAACAAUUGUGAACUCUAAUGUGGCAACACCAUCAAGUGACUCUUUAAACGAACUGAUGCAAAAGUUUUGGGAAGUUGAAAGUGUUUCCAGUGAGAAGUGCGUGAUGACUGAAGCUGAACAGUGUGAGCAGCAUUUCCAGUCUACGGUUCGUCGAAAUGAAGAUGGUCGAUACGUAGUACAGUUUCCACUUCGGGAAUCAAUCAGCCAGCUUGGAGAUUCGAGACCAAUGGCGCUGAGGAGAUUCUACGCACUGGAGGCAAAAUUGCAGAAGAACCCGGACAUUAAGAAGCAGUACGACGAAUUCGUGGAUGAAUACGAGCAGCUUGAACAUUGCAAGGAAGUGCAUGAAGUGGAAGAUCCUGUUGGUUUGCAGAGAUGGUAUCUAGCGCACCACGCGGUACUCAAGCCGUCGAAUACGACUACCAAGUGUCGUGUCGUGUUUGACGCAUCGGCAAAGGUUGGUGGAAUGGCAUUGAAUGAUGUGAUGAUGGUUGGCCCUACAAUUCAACCUGAUUUUCUGACGAUCAUUUUGAAGUUUCGUAUGUAUCGGUAUGUGCUAAGCGCUGACAUCGCUAAGAUGUAUCGGCAAGUGUUGAAGGACAAUUGUCAUACUCCGCUACAACGCAUUUUCUACAGGAAGAAGCCCAUCGAGCCACUGCGAGUCUGGGAGCUUCAAACUGUGACGUACGGUACAGCUGCAGCACCAUUUCUGGCCAUUCGUGCGCUGUAUCAAUUGGCAAUCGACGAGGAAGCAGAAUAUCCUUUGGCAGCGGAGCUGGUGAAGAAGAUGUUCUACGUGGACAACGUACUUUUUGGUGGAAACAAUUUGGUAGAAGUGAGAGGCCUCCAACGAGAGUUGAUUUCGCUACUGCAACGCGGAGGUUUUCAUCUACACAAGUGGGCCGCAAACGAUGAACGACUCCUGGACUCUAUUCCUGAGGAGGAUCGAGAUAAACUGGUGAAGAUUGAAGACUCUAGUGCCAAUGAGGUAAUUAAGACCCUUGGGCUUAUGUGGGAUCCGGUCGGAGAUGAUUUUCUGUUCCGGGCACAAUCUGACUGCAACAAUCCAGCACCGACAAAACGGCAAGUUCUGUCAGUUAUAGCAAGGCUUUUCGAUCCCCUCGGCCUGUUGUCACCAGUAAUCGUUCUCGCAAAGGUUUUGAUGCAGAAGCUGUGGAAGAACAAAAUGGAUUGGGACGAUCGGCUGGAUGAAGAGCUACUCGACGACUGGAGAUAUUUUUUGAACGCGCUGCCACUUGCAGAGGACUUCCGAGUUCCUCGGCGGGUAAUUUCUGAGGAAGUGGCAAGGAUUGACAUCCAUGGAUUUGCAGACGCGUCAAAUACAGCCUACGGAGCAUGCGUGUACCUUCGGUCGGUACAUUCCGAUGGUACUACGAGUUCGAGCUUAGUUACAAGCAAAUCAAAAGUCUGUUCCAUAACGCCUAUGUCCAUCCCGCGCAAGGAAUUGAUGGCAGCUCUACUCCUGCAUCGAUUGGUUAAGAAAGUGGUUGACGCAAUGGAAUUGGAACACGUUCCGGUUACUCUCUGGUCCGACAGCCAGGUGGUUAUUGCGUGGCUAAACAAGCCGUUGGACUGCCUGCAAGUAUUCGUGAGGAAUCGUGUAGCCGAGAUUACAAGCGAAAGUGAACAUGUUUGGAAGUAUGUCCGCUCUGCAGACAACCCAGCAGACAUUGUAUCACGAGGCAUGCCAUCGAAAGCGCUCGCGACGAGCAACCUAUGGUGGAAUGGACCGUUUUUCCUGUGCAGUGCAGCAUAUGACGAAGUGGUUCCUGCAGCUCUGGAAGAUGGAGAGAUUCCUGAACUGAAGCCGGCUGUAUCUGUCAACGUAGCAGCUGUAUACGAGGAGCUUCCGAUAUUGACAAAGUUUGAAUCAUUUCGGAAGACACAAAGGAUUAUCGCCUACGUUUUAAGGUUCAUCAACAACUGCCGUAAGAUUGGUGAACGAAGCACUGCAACGACGCCCACGAUUUCUGAACUGAAGGAGGCAAACAAGCGGAUCAUCCAAGCGAUCCAGAGGAGCGAACUUCAGGAUGAAAUCGAUCGCCUGCAAGCGGGGGAGCCAUGCAAGAGAAUCGGCAAUCUGAACCCUUUCUUGGACGACGGAUUACUACGAGUUGGAGGUAGAAUUCGUCACAGCAAACUAGCAUACGAGGUAAAGCAUCAAUGGAUCGUUCCGGACAAGCACCCCGUAACGAGAAGACUCAUCGCAGCGGUACAUAGAGAAAACUUGCAUGCUGGUCCGAGUAGCGUGAUCACAGCCCUAAGAGAGCGCUACUGGAUACUGAACACCAGAUCGACGGUACGAAGGGUGACGAGAAGUUGCAUCACUUGCUUCAAAUCAAGCCCGAAGCUUGCUGAGCAGUUCAUGGGAGACUUGCCGUCGUAUCGCAUCACCGUUGCACCUACGUUUUUGAAAGUUGGAGUAGACUUCGCUGGACCUAUCUACAUAAAGCAAACCGCCAGGAAAGCAGCUCCAGUGAAAGGCUACAUAUGCGUAUUUGUCUGUAUGGUUUCGAAGGCAAUGCACUUGGAAGUGGUGGAGAACCUAUCCACUGAAGCGUUUUUGGCAGCACUACAAAGAUUCGUAUCCAGAAGAGGAGUACCCGAGGAAGUGUAUAGCGACAACGGAACGAAUUUCAUCGGCGCGCGAUCAGAGCUUCGUGAGUUGUACGAGCUCUUCAAGUCCGACCUAACCAACGGUAAGCUAUCACAGUUCUGUCAAGUCAAGGAGAUUAAGUGGACCACGAUUCCCCCAAAUGCGCCUCAUUUUGGAGGGCUAUGGGAGGCGGGCGUUAAAAGCGAAGAUAACGUACCACCUCAACAGUGGAAAAUGGGUAGAAUCGUCAAAACCUAUCCAGGUCCCGAUAAUCUCACUCGUGUCGUCGACGUUCGUGUGGGCACCAGCGUUUUCAAGCGGCCAAUCCACAAGUUGGCACCCCUGCCCAUCCUCGAAGAAGAACCAGUACGUUCCACACAUCAGGAUGAAGAUUCCAAGGAGCCACCAGUGUCACUCUUUUCCCGGGUGCAGCAUGUUCAGUCCGCAACGCUGCGAACUGAAGAUGGAGCACGUAUCGUUCACGAGCCAAUCGCCACGCUGAGAAGGAGGAAAAAACCAUCGUCGUCGUCGACGACGGCCGUCGAGGACGAGAGCCAAAGAAGCGCUACUUGGUGGCGCGAGCAUCAGUUUCAAUACGCAUCUCGAAGUGAUUGGAUCGCAGCAACCGAAGCAAAAGAGAAGCCAAGCCGGCGAGGAAAAGUGUGGGCCGAUGACGGCCAUAGUAAAAGUUAUGAAGAUAUACAGAAGGACAACGGAACAUUCGGUCUGAUGCGCGAUUCAAAAGUGGAUCUGAACAACGUUUCCAACGAGGUCCACCAAAUGACCGAUUCAUCUGCUACAGUUGUGGCAAACGUGGCCAUAUCCAAGGAAGUAAUGAAUGUCCAGCUAGGAAUACGAAAUGCGCUUGCUGCGGCAGAGUUGGACACUGGGCUAAACGAUGCUACAGUCGAGGACAAACAAGCGGGGGCAUGA